AUUGCAGAGAGUGAAGGACACACUCCGAGAUCAAAUGGCUGCCUCCAAGUUCUUCCAUUCUGAUGAAAUCAUUGGACUACAAUCUGAUUAUAAGACUGGUGGAUUAGGAGCCAUUCUAUCUCAGAUAAGGAAUAAAUGUAGUCACUUAGACGAGGUACAGGUUAACAUUGCAGUGGCAGGUGAAGCAGGCUCAGGGAAAUCCACCUUUAUCAAUGCCAUAAGAAAUCUUCAGAGCAACGCUCAGGGAGCUGCUCCGACUGGUCACUGUGAGACCACAACUGAGCCAACCAUGUAUCCCUAUCCACAUCUCCCCAAUGUUCAGCUCUGGGACCUUCCAGCAGUAAAUAGCUGUGGUUUGGGAAUGAAGCGUUAUCUGGAGCUGGUAAAGUUUGAGAGCUACGACUUCUUCAUCAUUGUGGCUCAGGCUCGCUUCAGGGAAAAUGAUGCUGAACUGGCCAAGAAGGUCCAGGAGCAGGGCAAACUGUGCUUCUAUGUCCGAUGUAAAAUAGACAAUGAUCUGCACUCACUGGCAAUGGAAGGAGCUGAGUUUACAGAAGAUGAAGAGAUGAAGACAAUCCGGAUGGACUGUGUGGCCAACUUCCAAUACACUAACAUUAAAAUACCCCCAUUUUUCUGA